CUGCAUCUCUCCAUUGAUGUGCUGGGAGGCAGCUCCCACACCCUAUGCCCCUGGGACCUGCUCCUUUGCCCAGCCCUCCUGCUGUGAUACUGUAGGUCCUACAGAAUUCCCCUGGGGUAUGUCCAGGUCCAGGUUUCCUGUGCUGAUCUGCUGUCUCUAUCUCUCCCUGGCUCGCAAGAGGGCUGGAAGACCACGGUGUGGCAGCAGGGUCCCCAGCACUCGUGAGACCAGUGCAGAUGACACCAGCAUGUGCAGUGGCUCUGAGGCCAGCACCGACCCCCUGAGCACUGGCAAUGAGUUCCAGGAUAAGGCCCUGGUGCUUCACCUCAACAGCAACCACCUGCUGCUGGUGAGGAUAGGGGCAGGAGAUGUCCUGGGGAUGGAAGCACUAGGGUGGUCUGUGGGUCCCCCCUCAAGGGGUAUCUUGCCGCAGCAUGUGGUGUGUGCAGUGAGCUCUGUCCCUGAGGUCCCUGUUUUGGCUAUGCCUUGCAGAAACUGGGCACUUUCAGUCCCCUGCGGUGCCAGGAGAUGUAUGCCCUGGACAGGCUGCUGUGGGAGGCCCAGGUUCUGGAGACUGUGUGCCAGCUCACAGAGGAGCAAGCAGAAGCAGCUGCCUCUGCUGCUGAAGUGGUGCAGUUCUUGACACGGAAGGAGGGCGUGCUGCCCCUCUGGGACUGCUGUGUGGAAGCCCCCAACAUUUACUCCUGCCCUGUGGAGUGGUUCCUGCAGAUGCUCAGCACACAGUACACAGCACCCAUCAGUGAGCAGCACCCUGGCCUGACUGAUGCCAUUUGUGUGAAACUGGUGGAGGAUGUGCUGAAUUGGCAGCUGCCCCGACAGCCCAGCAGCACCCAGGGCGAGCAGGUCAUCAUCUUCCAGUACUGGGGCCACUUUGAGUCGCUUGGUGCCCUGGUGCUUGACACCUACAUGAUGGAGCUGGCAGAGGAAGCACUUCUGGUGCAGAACCUCAACUCGGAUGACCAGGACAUGGUAUCGUGUGCCCUGAAGCACAUGCCUGAGGGCCACCUCAAGAAGGAGGGACUGAAAGCACUGAGCCUGCUCCUUGUGGAGGGCAACAGCAAGGUGGUGAUCAUCGUGUUGGCCCAGCUCUGCAGCCUGACGGAGAGCCCCCUCUUCUGACAAUGGGUACGUGCCAGGAUAGCCAGGGAUGAGGUGGGAUGUGGGUGCUGCCCCGCAGCUCUGCAGGGUGCUGGCACUGACCCCCACAUUCUACCCCAGGCCCCCAUAUGCUACCUGGAACAGCUGGAGGAGGUGCAGACGUGCGUGGCGGGGUGUGCAGCGCUAGGCUGCCUGAAAGUGAGAGCGAUGUGGGGAGAAGGCAGCUGAGGUGCAUCCUCUGGAGCAAGAGGAAUUGCAUGUGGCUGGUAACUCCAGAUACACCAGCUUCCUGGAUAGGGGAGCUGGGGUUGCCCCAGAUAUGCUAGAGAAGCAGGCAGGGAAAGGGCAGGAAGGGAAGUGGGGAGGGAAGGGACAAAACCAGGGAUAUUCCUGCACCAUGGGGCUGCAGUGCCCUGGGCUCCCUUCCCCUCUGGGCCAUGUCCCUGCUCAAAGCCAAACUCAUCCCCUUGUCCCUUCUGCAGGCCAAGGAGAGCAUGAAGCAGUUGGUUUACCUGUGUCAAACCGACAAGGAGCCUGUGGGGGGGCAGCCAAGUAGAGCCUGAUGCUGUACGGGGUGCAGAUGGAUUCUGGAACACUUUGCAGUAUCUAUUUGUCCUGAGGAGCCCCUGCAGAUCAUCAGCACAAAAUAACUGAUGAACCAACACACCCUCCUCUUGAACAGCAUCAGGGAUGGUGCAGCUGCCCAUGCUGUGACACCAAGAGCACUCACCAGCCAGGAUCACCCC